UUUAAUUACCAUAACUAACGUCCAUAAAAUUUAUUUAAGCUCAUCCUUCAUAAACACAAUAAAACAUACAUUCAUAAGUUAAUUUUAACUCAUAUUUAAAAUUUAUUUUUUUAAUUACGUAUAAAACUCUCAAUUUUCAAGUUCGUUUCAUGAAUCCCGCAUCCACCCCAGAUACAGUCUAUUAGUAUAAGGUCUAUGGUGCAUGUCUGCACUGCUUGUGUCUUGUGCUGCACAUGACAAUAUUUUAUGUCAAAAUACAUAGGCAUGUCAGCAACUCAUGAUACGCAGGUCUGUGACGUUAGCACCUCUCCGACUAGAUUAGCGGCGGUGUGGUGGUGGAUUCAUUGUUGGUGCGGCGGUGGCGGGGGCGGUGGACCAAUGAGAAACGGAGAAAUGCCACGUCACAGUACGUAGAUGGGCGGAGGGUGGAUGCGCGAUUCGCUUCAAAAACCGGAAUAUUGCUGACAUGCCUAUGUUAGGUUAGCCCAAAAUGUACGGUGCGUUUUUACGUUUCCGACUCGCGUAUACGGUGAUGCUCUAAAUAGUAAAUAGUAAAUAAUAUUUCUCUAUUCACUGGUCUGCAGUUCUUACUCGUUUAUCGUCAACGGCGCUGACGUUUUUGGUUUUUUUUAUUUUUUAUACUGUGGUUUUUAUUUUCGUUCGUUUCCCACUGUAUUUUCUUCAACGGUUAGUCGCCGCAGGUAGUAACACCGUCGAUACCAGUUCUCCGUUGGUGGUUGUUAACGAAGAAAACGUCGCCGUUAUCUCAACACAAUUUUGUCGGCCCGCGCUUUUUUGAGAGGCCUAGCUAGUCGUACGACACAAGCACACAUACCGAUUACUCUAAGAAGUACCAGUCAGACUUAGGACGCCGCAAUGUCUAUCACAUCAUUCAAGAAACGCGUCUGUUACUAUUACGACGGUAACAUAGGAAACUAUUAUUAUGGACAAGGUCAUCCUAUGAAACCACAUAGGAUUUCAAUGACUCAUAAUUUGCUUUUAAAUUAUGGUUUAUACCAAAAAAUGGAUAUAGCUAGACCUUAUGAAGUUACUGCAAAAGACAUGACCAAAUUUCAUAGUGAUGAGUACAUACAGUUUUUAAAAAGUAUUUGUCCUGAUAAUAUGAACAAUUAUAAAAUACAAAUGCAAAGAUUCAAUGUUGGUAAAGCUUCUCCAGUUUUUGAUGGUUUAUACAAAUUUUGUCAGCUAUCUGUGGGCGGAUCAGUAGGAGCAGCUGUAAAAUUAAAUAAACAAUCUGCAGAUAUUUGUAUCAAUUGGGGAGGUGGUUUACAUCACGCAAAAAAAUCUAAAGCCAGUGGCUUUUGUUAUGUUAAUGAUAUCGUACUUGGUAUAUUAGAAUUGCUUAAAUACCAUCAACGAGUGUUGUACAUUGAUAUUGAUGUCCAUCACGGUGAUGGUGUUGAAGAAGCAUUUUAUACAACUGAUAGAGUUAUGACUGUUUCAUUCCACAAAUAUGGUGGCAAAUAUUUUCCUGGUUCUGGAGAUCUCAAAAGUAUUGGUAAUGGAGAAGGAAAGCACUAUGCAGUUAACAUUCCCUUAAGAGAUGGAAUGGAUGAUGAUAGUUAUGAAUCAAUAUUCGUACCAAUAAUUACUAAAGUAAUGGAGAUGUUCCAACCUAGUGCAGUUGUAUUACAAUGUGGAGCGGAUUCACUUACAGGAGACAAGCUUGGAUGCUUUAAUCUAACUAUUAAAGGUCAUGGCAAAUGUGUUGAAUUUGUAAAACGUUAUGGCUUACCCCUUCUUAUGGUUGGCGGAGGUGGUUAUACUAUUCGAAAUGUAUCUCGAUGUUGGACAUUUGAAACAGCUGUGGCCUUAGGAGCUGAAAUUGCUAAUGAAUUGCCAAAUAAUGACUAUUACAAAUAUUUUGGCCCCGAUUUUAAACUUCAUAUCAGCCCUUCGAAAAUGAAAAAUAGAAAUACUACAAAGUCUUUAGAAAAGAUUAAAAACCAUCUCUUUGAAAACUUAAGAAUGCUACCUCACGCCCCAGGAGUUCAAGUCCAAGCUAUACCAGAAGACGGAGUACGCAACGAGUCAGAAGAUGAAGAUAAUGUUAACCCAGAUGAAAGGAAUCCUCAAUCUAUUACAGAUAAAAAAAUUUCACCUGAUAAUGAAUUUAGUGAUAGUGAAGAUGAAGGAAUGGCUCCUGGUGUAGGGGGUGGUGGCCGAAAAGAUAAUAGAUCUUAUAAAAAUGUCAAAUAUGCUAGAAAACGAUCAUGUUUGGACUCAAAUAGGAUGGAAGUCAAUGUACCAGAAUUUAAUAUUCUAAAAGAUGAUAAAGAAGAUAAAUCUGUUAGUUCUGAUGAUUCUAAUAAAAAGAAUGCUGUCAAGUCUUGAAUUUAUGACUAAAAUAUAUAAUACAAUUGUAAAUAAUUAAAAGAAAAAAGUAAAACAAUGAUUUACUGUCAUUCA